AUGAAGACCAAAACGCUCACUGUGGCCUUCGCCGUGUGCGCGGCAGCUGUUCGACUCGGAACCGUGAUUGCAGAGCAGCCGAUACCUCAGGAACAGCACUGCUGCGUGCCCCACGAUGAAGAUAAGAAGCUAGUAGCAGCGGAAAAGGAAGAGAAGGACAAGCAUGAGGAGGCGGAGAUGUCAGGCAAGUGUCACGAAACAAUGCGUUCAACCUACGAUAAACCUGUCAUCUUCUCCAAAGCAUUGAGUCAGGAAAGGGUGGCCACUGCGAAGAAUCUCCUCCAGCACGAGGAGGCGAACUUAGAAAAGCUUGUUGCGGAGGAGGUGCGUGAGUAA